UAAGUAAAGGCCAGGUUUGAUGUUCAAGUCUACCAGUUACAAGCUUCAUCAUCUCCAAUAUUGAACUAUCUCCUCAACAUUAUCAAUCAGUACCUGAAUUUCGAAACGAUCAACACCACCGUCGACACUCUCACAAUGUCCAAAUCGACCAUUGCAGUCUUUGGUGCCUCGGGCAAUCAAGGCAACUCAGUCGUCCGCACCAUCCUGACCACCCCCUCGCUCUCCGCAAUGUACAACGUCCGCGCCCUUUCUCGCUCCACCACUUCCUCCGCCAUGCAGGACCUGAGAUCCUUAGGCGCAGAGCUCGUCCAAGCUGACAUGGACGACCCGUCCACCCUCCCUACCGCCCUUUCCGGCUGCACCUCCGUCUUCCUUGUAACAACAACUCAAUACACCGGCUCCACCCGCGAAGUCGAAACACGCCAGGCCAAAGCAGUGUGCGAAGAAGCUAUCAAGCAAGGAGUCAAAUACAUCAUCUUCAGCUCCAUGUCGCACCCAUACAAGAUCAGCGGGGGAAAGUUGAAGAACGUAGAGCAUUUUGACGACAAAGCCGAGAUCGAGACGUACAUCCGUACCCUACCUGUUAAGAGUGCUUUCUUCGCUCCAGCAUCUUUCAUGCAGAAUCUGCUAGACAGAAUGAAACCACGUCCUUCUCCCGCCGGCGACGGUACUUUUGUUCUAGCAGACAUGUUACCUGGAAACACGCCCGUGCCGUACAUUGACAUCACCGAGACUGGAAAGUGGAUCGCUCCCAUUCUCGCUGAGCCAGAGAAAUACGCGGGCAACUUCUUCGCUGCGGGUGAGGGCCUUUACACGCCGGAUGACAUUGCGAGUGUUAUGAGUAAGGUGACAGGCAAGACAGUGAAGCAUGUCCAGCUUCCUGAUGAGGUUGUCAAGAGCUUUUUCCCGGAAGGGCUUAGGGAGCAGUUGUAUGAGAUGUGGGUGUUGAACAGGGAGUAUGGGUACUAUGGUGAGGGACAGAAAGAGGCUGUGCAGUGGGCCAAAGAGCAAGCAGCGGGCGAGCUUACGGGCCUAGAGGCGUUCUUAAAGAAGGUUGAGUUCAAGUUGGAGUGAGUAUGAGUGGGGAUAACAUAUGGUAACAUGCCGGUCACAGUCACCCGACUAGGCGAAUACAUGAACUUUCCAAUAAUAAGACAGUCCCAUGAACUGGAAAGAGGCAUCCGGCGGCGCUGAUGCGCGCUUCAAAGUGGUCAGCUGGAAUAGUACGAAAAUGUUACACACACUUUGGGUUUCGUUAAUUGUGUAUUGUUACAUGCUUUCUAUACUUGUUUCGCCGAGGUUCGUUACAAAUGAUACAUCUUUACUGUACAAUUCACGCGC